UAUAUUUUAUCCAAUAAAACAUUUAAUUUUAAUAAUUUACAGAAAGAGACGUAAUGAAAUAGAUUUAUCAUUUCUUUACCCCAACUCAUUAUCCGAUCCCUCAAUCUUCCCCCCCUCCUUUUUCUUCUUCCAUCAAUUAAUCAUAAUCAUUUCUCUUUCCCAAAAUCAUUGCUCAAUAACCAAACCCUAACUUUUCCAAUUCCAUUCAUGAAUUACUCCCAAUUUUCUUUUAUUCAAUUUGUACAUAUUCUUUGAUUUUUAGUUCCAAGUAAUUCGUUCUUUAAUUCUUUUUCCCCCCGGUUUCUUGAACCUUUAGGUUUUGUACAGGACCUCAAGAACAAAAAAAAAUAAUUUUGGUACAUAAAAAUAAACUAGGUGUUGAUAUUUUAGCUGUAUAUGGUAACUAGCGGAUGAUCAUCAUCUGAUCAUCAUCACCGCUACUGAAACUACAAAAGAGUUUUUUUGAAAAAAAAAAAAAACUUGUUGUUGGGUUUUGGAAGUAUUUUUAGCGUGUUAUUUGUAUGCGGUGUGGAAAUCGUUGGGCUGGAACAGCUUUGAAUGAUAAAGCAGGAAAGCAAAACAAAGGAAAUAAAUAGAAGACGACGAGGUAAGAGGAGAAUUUAAGGUUGUAUUCUAGUUUGUUUGUUUUUUUUUUUUUUUUGGUUUAGGAUAGCUUUAGAGAUGAUGGGUGAUGAUGGAUGAUAUAAAGUGAAGCGGUUUUUGGGUCUUCAAUCGGUUUUGCUGAGGUUUGGAUGUUUUGGGUGUUGGAAGCAGAUAAUGAAGACACCUGUGAGCGAAGAGAGUUGAGCGUUAAAGUUCUUUUUUAAAAAAAUAAAAGAAAUUCUUUUUAGGGGGUGGUACUAUAUAAGCAAACGUCAUGGGGAACUUAUGAUCAGAGUUUCGGAGAAAACAAACUUUUUUUUUACUAAGCAGGGCUGGUUUUUUGGUCUUCAAUGGGGAUGAAGAAUGAUGGGCAAAAACCAAUGCCAGGCGGUGCUGGACGAGGUAGUGGUGGGGGUGGUGGAGGAGGAGGAGGAUUCAUUCCUAGUUCCUUCAAGGCUUUUUCAAGCUAUUUCAGGAUUGUUUCUUCCGGUGCAUCUACUGUUGCUUCCACCGUCAAGUCUGCUGCAUCUGCCGCUUCUGCUAUUGUGGACAGAGAGUUGGAGUCUAGUCGUGAUCAGGUACACUGGACUGCUUUUGACAAGCUAGAAUGUGAGGGUUCUAUCUCCUCCAGACAAGUUCUUCUGCUUGGAUUUCGACAUGGUUUUCAGGUUUGGGAUGUUGAAGAUGUGAGUAAUGUACAUAAUUUGGUGACUAGGCAAGAUGGUCCUGUCUCAUUCAUGCAGAUACUGCCAAAACUGUUGGCAUCUAAGCAACCGGGGGACAAGUUUGCUGAUAGCCGUCCUCUGCUAAUAAUAUGUGCUGAUGGACGCUUUCCUGGAGGGAAUAGUAUUCAAGAAGCCGGUCCUUCCAAUGCAACCACCCAUCACGUACAUGAGUUACCCAAUGGCAGUUUUCCGCCAACGGUUGUUUGUUUCUAUUCAUUGAGAUCUCAUUCCUAUGAGCAUAUGCUGAAGUUUAGAUCAGCUGUUCAUUUAGUAAGAUGCAGUUCUCGAGUUAUAGCUGUUUUACAAACUUCACAGCUUCAUUGUUUUGAUGCUGCAACACUGGAAAAGGAAUAUAGUAUUCUUACGAAUCCUGUUCCUCUGGGUUGUGGAUUUGGCGGUGGCUUUGGACCUCUUGCUGUGGGCCCCAGGUGGAUGGCUUAUAGUGGGAGUCCUGUUGAUGUUUCAAACUCAGGACGUGUGAGUCCACAGGAACUUACUCCUUCUGCUAGCUUCCCAGGGCCUGCAUCAAAUGGGAGCCUGGUUGCUCACUAUGCAAAAGAAUCAAGCAAGCAUCUUGCUGCCGGUAUUUUGACUCUUGGAGAUAUGGGAUACAAAAAGCUCACCAAGUAUUACUCUGAAAGUAAUUUGGAGUCGGGGAGUGCUUGCGUUGGCGUUCACGGAGUUGCAAAUGGGCAAUCGAAUGAUGAGGAAAAUAUUGGAAUGGUGAUUGUGAGGGAUACUGUUGAGAAGAAUGUUAUAACACAAUUUAGGGCACACAAAAGCCCAAUCUCGUCAUUGUGCUUUGAUCCCAGUGGCACUCUUCUUGUGACUGCCUCAGUUCAGGGUCAUAACAUCAAUGUUUUCCGAAUAAUACCAUCUAGCGCUGUUUCUGGGGCCUCAUAUGUGCAUCUCUAUCGACUCCAACGUGGUUUGACUAAUGCUGUGAUACAGGACAUCAGUUUUAGCAGGGAUAGCGAAUGGAUUAUAAUUAGUUCUUCAAGAGGCACGAGCCAUCUUUUUGCAAUUUCUCCAUUUGGUGGAUCUGUGGGGUGUCAGCCCGCUGAGCCAUUUGUAAGUUCAAAAGGCAGUGGAUUUGGUACUAUGUCAAGAAUGCCUGUUUGUCAAUCACCAAAUUCUGGAAUGAAGGUUCUUAAUCAGCAGAGUUAUUUUUGUUCUGAACCUCCUAUCACACUCUCGGUUGUCAGCAGAAUAAAGAGUGGAAAUAAUGGUUGGAGGAACGCUGUGACUGGCGCUGCUGUGGCCGCAACAGGAAGGAUGAAUAUCCCUUCUGGGGUGGUGUCAGCCAUUUUCCAUUACCAGAAAGGCAAUGAUUUGUAUCCAGAAACCAGCUUUCUGAAGACGAAUUGUUGCCUGCUGGUUUUCUCUUCUCCUGGCUAUUUGACACAAUAUUCAAUGCGGGUAUCUUCUGGCUCAGAUUCUCUGAUGGCUUUACAAGGGUCAGGCAUUGGCUAUGAUUCAUCUGUUGACAGCGAUUCGAAAUUAGUGAUCGACGCAGUGCGAAAGUGGAAUGUCUGCCGGAAACAUAACCGUAAGGAGCGAGAGGAGAAUAUUGAUAUAUAUGGUGAGAAUGGAUGUUCAGAUAGCAAUAAGGUGUUUCCUGAAGGAAUGAGAAAGACGAAAGGUGUCAGCUCUGAGGUCAGGGGCACACUUAUAAAAGAUAAGCUGGCGUCUGAGGAGAAAUAUCACAUGUAUAUAUCUGAAGCAGAGCUGGAAAUGCAUCCUCUCCAGGUUCCACUGUGGACCAAACCAGAGAUGUAUUUUCAUACCAUGGGAAAAGAUGGCAUCACUGUGAGCGAUGAAGCUUUUUUAAGUGGGGAGUUUGAGAUUGAAAGAAUGCCUACUCGUUCCAUAGAAGUGAGUUCAAAGGAGUUGGUCCCAGUGUUUGAUUAUCUUCAAGCCCCUAAGUUCCAGCCAGAGAGGUCGGUUGAGAUGCUUUUCUAGUAUUAUUGAACAUUUUUUAAUAUUUGUUGAUUUUGCGGCAAAUUGUUUUAUUUACAUCAUGUGGAGAACUGUGUUGUUGGGAGGCUACCGUUUGCGGUUUUGAUAUUCUUUUGCUAGAGAUGUGGUGGUAGAAGCUAGUAGGAGGUAGGAUCCUUUUUUUAUUUUAAUAAUUUAUAGCAACAUUCCGUGCCAUAAUGGCUGCAAAGCUUGUCAUGAAUUUCUUUUGUUUUCCCAUCAUAAUGUCAAAUUGUCACUAUAAUUUAGCUCUUUCUUGUUUUGAAUUAUGAUGUUUUUGUAUUAUAGGCAAGUUAAAGAUGGAAGCAAUGAUGGAGAACUGUUGUUUCAGAGGCCUGUAGCAUCUGAAAACCAAAAGGUCAGAAGCAGCAGCAGUUCUGGUUCUUUGGACACAAUGACUAGUGGUGGCAUUGCAGUGAAUGAACUGCAUAAUGCUGCUGCUGAAGAAGGAGGUUGGCAUGGUCUCGAUAUGCCAACAGAUGCCGGUGAGGGGGUUGUAAAUAAUGCUGGUCACUUGGAAGCAAAUGGCCACCAGCUUGAAACUGUAAAUAAUAUAGAGCAGUUUGUGACAGAGACAAAAUUUGACUUUGUAAAUAACAGUACAUUUGGACUGGAUGAGGAGAGUGAACGUGAAGGUUCGUUUGAGGAGUUUGAUUAAAGGUAUAUAAUGGGUACUUGCGGAAUGGUAAACGAAUCCUUCAAUUUUUUAAUUUGCAUGUUUGAGCUGGUGGCAAAGUUGCAAAUGUGAUACUUUGCUCAAAUUUUUGCAGGUGUGGAGAUACUUUUUUUAUUCUCUGGUAACUUUGAUGCAGGCUGUUAAAUAUUGAUGGGUGAAGAAUGGUGGUGUAAAAGAGCAAGGCAAAUGUCAUUGGAUGGGAAGGCAGGAAUUGAAGAUAGAUGUAAUAGCGUUAUGUGUUAUCUGUUUAUUUUUAAAAAACAGUAUGGGCUUAUGAUUUGUAAAUAAUAGCUACAUCUUUGCAGACAUUGAAUUUUCUCAUGGUUAAAUCUUACCUGCUCUGUAGUUUACUCCUAUUGCGUUGAUGCUUCUCUACAUUUUCUCGGUUUUGAUGGAAACCGUAAUGCUUGCAUUGUAAAGGAACGGGCUUAAACCUCUGCUAAACCCGGUUGAUGGAGGUUGUUCCUCAUUUUUCAAUGAGAAUAAUAACGGCCCCUUCACGAGGGUGCUGUUAUGCGGAAGAAUAGGUUGGGACAGUAUAACUUGAAAAGGACAGGGACGGCUCGCUUUUUCUCAAAAUGCAUACGAUCGCAAGUGCUUUGUCGCGCACAACUGUAGAGAAAUGGUUAGUUUGUAAUCAGGUAGCCAAGAGCAACAAAGAAAGCACUGUGUAGGUGUAGCAUUCCCGCAAGUGUUCAAAUCUUCUCUGGGUCCUUACAAACCCGGGCGAAAACAACCAGAAUCCAGAAGUAACUUUUGGUCAUUGAAUCUAUCUAUGACUGCUGAAACCGUGCAACCUGACAAGGUUUCUAAAUGUGGUUGUUUGAAUGUUUGAAGAAGCAGCAUCUUGGUGUGAAACUCUAUUUUAUUUAUUUAAUUAUUUUCGAGGAAAUCACAGAGAUAAAGCAGCGUCUACCCACGCUGUAUUCUUUUUUUCAUUGUCGUCGAAUUGAACCACCUAGAGAGAAGGUAUACUUCAUUUUCGGACAGCAUGAUUUUUUAAUUUUUUUUUUUUUUCAUUUUUAUGUUUUCUUUUUAAUGCAUCUCCACUUCUGAAAUUCUAGUCCC